AUGGCCAGUGAGGAAGUGAAGCAGUCGGUGUGUAACUUUGCUGUGGACCUUUACCGGCAAGUUGUCAAAAAGCAAGGAGUCGGUCUAAGCAAUGUUUUUAUCUCUCCGUUGAGUAUAUAUACGGCCGUGGCAAUGACCAUGGCCGGUGCAGAUGGACAAACAAAAAACGAAAUACUGGCAUCGCUGCACCUGUCAAAGGUCGAUAACCCAAAUGAAGCGGUUGGAUCAAUUGUUCAACAGUAUCUGCGAUCGAAAACUGGAGUUGAGCUUGCCCUAAUACUGAAAUAG